GCCGCAUUGAUACACUGGUGCGCCAUUUUACUCACAUAAAGCCGAAAAUUUACACAGUGGCCAGAAAGCAAGAAAUUGCACAGUGCAAAAAGGUGUUUGGUAAUUGAUGAAAAGUUUGCGCGAACCGUGAGGCGACCGUUUAAUGAUGUGCCCGCUCGCGCAGCGAUUAAAUGCCAGUUAAUUGCGGCAGCUAAGACGCGCUUUCCAUCACAAACUCGUGCUGCCCAAAACGACGUCGUUGUCGGUUGGAUUGCUGAGUAUCGUAUCGUAUCGGUACCGGACCCGCGUCCUUAUAAAUACGAAAACGCCGCUAGGUGCAUCGCGGCCAGAAAGAUAAUUUUUCAUGUCUAUAUAAACAAGCGCACAGCAAGAAUCGGUUUACAAACAAACUCGGAGAUGGAGGAGAUAUCCAGCCUAGACUCGUUCGGCGCCGAUUCCAAUGCGCGACCGGAUUCGGCGACUCCCAGACCUGAGGAUCAGGAGCAGGAUCAAGAACAUGAACGGGAACAACCUGGUGCAGCAACUGAAAUUUCAGAUACGCCCGCUUCCCCGCCAGCGGAGGAUGCCGUUGCGCAGAACAGCGAACCACCAAUACAGGAACCCGCUAAGGAUGCAGAGGACGAUUUUGAUCAGAUUUCUGAGGGCUCUCUAGACGCUGAUGACAACCAAUCGCGAGAAAAGGUGGUCAGUCCGUCGGUGGAUCGUACUGAAUCAGAGGAAGCCGGAGCGGAAGCGGAGAAACAGACUUCCAAUGAGCCUCAUCGCGCCGAGGAUGAGCAACAUCAAACUGAAGCAGUUAGUGUAGAUCCCCAGGAAGAUCAAGAGGAGGCGGAAGAGGAAACCGAUGCCCUGCAAGCUACAGCGGAGGAAGAGGAGGCGGCUGCCGCAGAAGCAGAUACAGUUGACGGUGGUCCAGCUUCACCAGAAGCCAUGGAUGUGGACGACGGGGAAGGCGAGCCGGAAGCUGAUCCUGAAGUUGAUCGUGAAGCUGAAGAACCAGAAGCAGCGGACGAUGUGGAUAUGCAUUCAGUGGGUGGAGACUCACAUCUCGGCGAUGAUGCAGAGCCGCCAGAGGGUCGUGACGAAGUAGACACCAGUCUAGAAGACCAGGACAAUGGACAAGAUCCAGAUGAGAUAGAAAAAGACACACCCGCCGAUGAUGAUGACAAUCUGGAAGGCGAUGCUGAAUCGGAGCAGGUGGAAGAAGCUGGUGAAGCCGAGCAUGGCGAUGACACUGUUGAAAAUGUGUUGGAGCCAGAGGAAUCAGACGUAUGUCUCAUCCCCGACGAUCAGGAGACCGAGGUUACAGAAGCUGAGAAGGAACUGGCUCGCGAAAAUGCCGAAAAGGCAGCUGAGGAGGAAGAAGCCGAGGAGAGACAAUCGAAGACUCCCGACAAUGUUGGCAAGUCCGUGACAGAUACCGCCGUCAAUCCAGAAAACGGAAGUGCAGCUGCUGUGGACCCCACCGACGAGUCCCCAUCUACCCCAAAAGAUGCUCAAGCUGGAGCUCAGGUUGUAGCAUCCGGCAACUCCGAAGAUGGAACCGAUGGCACGGCAAACGACGAGGAAGCCGGCGGCGAUGCUCCCGACGCCGACGAACCCACGGCAGAGGAAUCCUUCAGCGCCGAAGCAGACGAAUCGGGUUCCACACCGAAAAUCAUCAUUAGUUGGAUAGUUGGUAGCGUUCAGAAGUGCAAACAGUGCGAUAACGAAAAGAAUUGUGGAUUCAGAUACAAGAGACCCGAAGAAACAGAAGACAAAGAUAAAGAUGCGGACAAAGGCGACGAGAACGCCGAAGAUGAGGCGCAGCCAGAUCCUGCUCCCAGCGGUUUCGAAUACGUCUGCGAUACGGCGUGCGUCAAUGCCCUUACAGCCGAUCAACCUGGCAAAUACUUUGUGCGACGCAAGAAGUUUCUUGUGGAGGAGGUAGUCCGAGAAGAAGGCUCCGCAGAUACAGAUGUCGGUGAAGAAGACGGAGAUGCUGAAGAGGAUGCAACUCCUGCCAAAACGCAAGAUUGCUUGCAAUGCAAGGAGCAGAUAAGGUGCAAAUAUUUUAUCAAGCAGGACCAGGAUUGCUUUUACAUCUGCAACGACGAUUGUUUCAAUCUUCUGAACGCAGAGGAGCCAGAGAAAUUCAAAUUAAAGCGUCACUCUAUCCGAGUGCGAAAUAUUGGAGCUACAACGCUUCAGCCACCUCAAAACUCGCCGAGCAAGCGAACCGAGAGCAGCGUAGUGGCUAGGACGGUGGCCGAGGCGGAGACGGCGCGUCUGGAUAGGAUCGAGAGCUUCAGAAGGCGCUGUGCAGACUGCGAGGCAGAGAUCAAUGCCAAUGAAAAACAACUUAUGUGGGAGACCAUGGACUUUUGUAAUGAAGUGUGCCUAGGCAGCUAUCAGCGAGCAAUCGGCUCCAGCUGCGAAACUUGUAAACAGGAGGUAAGUUCCACAGCACUUGGCAAGUACUGCGUGCGAUUCGGAUUUGAUGUACGCCAGUUUUGCUGCGCUGGCUGUCUCAAUACCUUCAAAAAGGGUUUGAAGACGUGCUCCUGCUGCCAAAAGGACAUCAGUGGCGGCCAGGAGGGCUUCUUAGCCCCUGUAGGCGACAAGGAUCAGUUCAAGGACUUCUGUUCACAAGCCUGUCUCCGUCGCUAUGACAGUAUGUGCAAUCCCCGCCGCAAACUGCGCACAGAUGUGUGCGGUGUGUGCAACAACGAGAAGCCAGUACGGGUGGAGAUGUUACUGGAGGACAGAGAGCACUACUUCUGCUCAAAUCCCUGCUUCUCGGCCUUUAAGUUUGUGAGCAACGUGAACGCCGAUCCGUGUGCCAUGUGCUCUAAAUACUUUGAGCGGCGGAGCGCCGAGGCCUACACCAUCUACAACGAACAACAGUCACCGAAGGUCUUCUGCUCGCGAGUGUGCAUCAACGUGUACAUCAUAGUCAACAGGCACAUCGUGUCCUGUCAGUGGUGCAAGGUCAAGAAGUACAACUUUGACAUGAUUUACCAGGUAGGCGGGGAGCAGGAACACGAGACGCUCACCUGCUCCAUCAACUGCCUGACCAUGCAUGGCGUUAGCUGCAACAUAUCUGCGCGUGCGGUGACCAAGUGCGAUAAUUGUGCCAACUUUAAUACACCGCAGUAUCAUCUGACCAUGUCAGACGCUUCUAUGCGCAACUUCUGCACUUACCAGUGUGUGAUGCAGUUCCAGAAUCAGUUCGCCCGCGCUCCCCUUACUCUGGACAGCGACCUGUCUCCCAGCAGUAGUGGUAACAGCAGCAAGUCCCAGCAAGGCGCUUCUCGAGGAAACAAGAAUUCAGCACCCUUCCCCACGGGUCUGCCCAAACGCGUUAAGCUGAAGCUUUCCCAACAGCAGUCUGGAAAGAAUGCAGGAUCUGGGGUCAAGAAAUCUGGUUCCGGGACCAUGCUACCGGUUAUAUCCACCGUUCAGUCUCUUGCUAGCGGUGAAACCGAGGCACGGAUUGGCAACGUGACGGUGCGACGCAAGCGUGGUCGUCCCAGGGAAUCGGGAUCUUCACCACCGCCGCUCUCCAUGUCGUCGGUUCACUCCCCAGCACCUCGAGGAAGGCCACGCAAGCAUGUGGACUACUCAGUACGUUCACCGUCGCCCACCCAGGCAACCAGCUCUCACUUGGGAAUCCCUGUUAGGCGAAAUACUACCACGACUAUGGACUUCGGCCCAGCAACUGUGUCGGAGACCAAGAUCAUCACAGUGCCACCAUAUCCGAAAUCCGUGCGAAACGUGAACAUAAGCUGUAAGCCUUUAACCGUAUCCACGGGCGAGCAGUGCACUCCGGAUGUACGGGAUUGCGCCACCCAGACGGAAAAGGACUACUCAAACAAGGUUCUCAUACCGGUUCCGGUACCUAUCUUUUUGCCGCAACCCAUGUACAUGUACUCGCUUCCGUUUCCUGUACCCGUGCCCAUUCCGUUGCCAAUUCCGGUGCCAAUUUUCAUACCGACCACGCGCAACACUUCACAAGGCAUUCUCAAAGAGAUCAAAAAGAUACAGGACAAGAUGCCGGAAGAUCCGCUUGAGGCCGAGCUGCUUAUGAUGGCCGAGAUGGUGGCCGAGGAGAAGCACGAAUCGGACUCCGACUCGGACAACGAGAUUAAACCAGACCCAGGACUGGUCAAUCUGCAGUAUCAAAACAGCCUUGAGUCGGUCGCCCAGCAGCAGCAGCAACAGCAAGUGGUUGAUGUCAGUGGUGCCGGACACAAUCCCUACGGCGACGACAUGCUCCAGAUUGCCCUCAAGAUGGCCACUGGCGAUUACGACAAUCACCACCAGACCUCAACGGUGGACCUGGAAACAUCGAUGACGGCGAAUACGAUUAGCAGCCAAUCACCGAUGGGACAUGAUGGCAUGGGUCAGAUGGGAGUACAUCACCUGGACCAACAGCAUCACAUGCUCGAUGCCACGCAGCGAACCGCGCGUGGACGGAAACGAGGCGUUGGGGCCGUAAUGGAUUCACCCAACCGCAAUAGCCGCUCUCCAGUGAAGAGGCAACGUGGCAGCGAGUUGGACCACUCGGCACUCCAGCAGCAAUCGCAACAGGCACAGCAGCCGCAGGAGAAGCCCGACGCCCAGAUGUUCCUGAAAUACACCUUUGGAGUGAACGCUUGGAAGCAGUGGGUAAUGACGAAGAAUGCAGACAUUGAGAAGAGUUCGAUGCGUCGACGGCCCUUCAAAACGGAACUGCUUCAAAUGACCGCCGACGAGUUAAACUAUUCCCUUUGCCUUUUCGUCAAGGAGGUCCGUAAGCCCAACGGCACGGAGUAUGCUCCGGACACUAUCUACUACUUAGUCUUAGGCAUCCAGCAAUAUCUGUAUGUGAAUGGACGUAUAGACAACAUAUUCUAUGAUCCAUACUAUGAGAGGUUUACGGAGUGCCUGGACGAGGUGGCGCGAAAGUUUUCCGUUCUUUACAAUGAUUCGCAAUACAUUGUCACUCGAGUGGAGGAGGAGCACUUGUGGGAGUGCAAGCAACUGGGAGCCCAUUCCCCACAUGUUCUGCUCAGCACGCUUAUGUUCUUCAACACAAAGCACUUUAAUCUGACGACCGUGGAGGAACACAUGCAAUUAUCCUUCUCGCACAUAAUGAAGCACUGGAAGCGCUCAUCACAGAAUUCCAAAGUUCCUGGCUCACGAAACGUGCUCUUAAGAUUCUAUCCACCGCAGGCGGGUUUGGAUGCCAAUCCCCGGAAGAAGAAGGUCUACGAGCAGCAAGAGAAUGAAGAGAACCCGCUGCGCUGUCCCGUCCGCCUCUACGAAUUUUAUCUCUCUAAAUGUCCCGAGAGUGUGAAGACGCGCAACGAUGUCUUUUAUCUGCAACCCGAGCGCUCCUGUGUGCCCGACUCCCCGGUUUGGUAUUCGACGCAAGCUCUGGGACAGGAUGCACUGCAGAGGAUGCUCCACCGCGUCAAGAUGGUCAAGGAAAUCAAUAUUGCGCUACUGACGACUUAAUGUUUAGUUAGGCAGUUAUAUCAUUGUGUACGUGCAAGGCUUGUCCUGCAAUGACACCCGGAGGACAAUUCUUCGGCUUCGGCUUGGUGCUUAGCACGAGUUUCUUUGCGGGCAAAACCAAAUAGGGAUAACCUAGGAGCGAGAGUUGUGCUAUAUUAUAAAUUGUUUUAAACUUAUUUUUACACCUAUUUUGAUUGUCCAUAAUUGCGAUAGCGUUGAAGAGAGGAGGAGACCUUGUAUAAAUUGUGAACGAUAAACAAGCCCAUUUCACUUUCGAUUGAAUUAUAAUAAACUAGAAAACAACAA